CCACUCUGGACCCCCCCCCUCCGCGCCGCGGAGCCUCGUCUGCACCAGGCCCGCCCCUGGCUCGAAGCAGGGACCGCCCCGUGGCACCCGCGCGCCUCCUCCCGACGGCGGGCGACCCGCGCUGGGGUCUCGCGAAUGUUCGCUGCCGGAGGUGAGCACACCGCCCUGCUCAGGAGCGACGGCACCGCCGUGGCCUGCGGCCGCAACGGCCAGAAUCAGUGCGACCUCCCGGCGCUGGCCGCGGGCCUGACCUAUACGCAGGUGGCCGCUGGAGGUUUUCACACCGCCCUGCUCAGGAGCGACGGCACCGCCGUGGCCUGCGGCCUCAAUGACGAGGAUCAGUGCGACCUCCCGGCGCUGCCCGCGGGCCUGACCUAUACGCAGGUGGCCGCUGGAGGUUUUCACACCGCCCUGCUCAGGAGCGACGGCACCGCCGUGGCCUGCGGCAACAAUGACGAGGAUCAGUGCGACCUCCCAGCGCUGGCCGCGGGCCUGACCUAUACGCAGGUGGCCGCUGGAAGUUUUCACACCGCCCUGCUCAGGAUCGACGGCACCGCCGUGGCCUGCGGCAACAAUGACGAGGAUCAGUGCGACCUCCCGGCGCUGCCCGCGGGCCAGACCUAUACGCAAGUGGCCGCUGGAGGUUUUCACACCGCCCUGCUCAGGAGCGCCGGCACCGCCGUGGCUUGCGGCCGCAACGUUGAUGGUCGAUGCGACCUCCCAGCGCUGGCCGCGGGCCUGACCUAUACGCAGGUGGCCGUUGGAGGUCCUCACGCCGUCCUGCUCAGGAGCGAUGGCACCGCCGUGGCCUGCGGCCGCAAUGAUGGUGGUCGAUGCGACCUCCCAGUGCUGGCCGCGGGCCUGACCUAUACGCAGGUGGCCGCUGGGGGUGGUCACACCGUCCUGCUCAGGAGCGACGGCACCGCCGUGGCCUGCGGCCGCAAUGACGAGGAUCAGUGCGACUUCCCUGCGCUGGUCGCGGGCCUUACCUACGCAGCGCACCUGUUGCCACCUCUGCUGCUGCAGGCGCUGCUCGACGGCGACUCGAUGCGCCUCGUGAGCUUCUGCGGGGCGGAGCGCUGCAGAACCGAGUCGGGUCCCGCCACCCUCCUCGUGGACAUCUACAGCCAGCUGUUGGCCGACCACCGUGCGGGCAGGCUGGGACCCGGAGUCUGGCGAUUCGACGCGGUCUUGCCGGGUGGCCGGCUGCUCAGCAGCGUCUCGGCCGAGGAGACCGUCGCCAGCGUCUUCGGGCUGGCUCGGCCAGGCUGAGCCGCCACGUGAGCCCGUUCCAGCGCCACGGCUGCAGCGAAAGAGCGCGGCCUCGGGGUAGUAGUUGCGCAGUUGUGCUCACGACAGGGCGAGCACGGCUUCGGAAACAUGUGGCACGUGUACCCAGGAUCAUACAACAUGUAAGCUGGACGUGGCAAGUCUGGAA